AUGAGCAAGAAGCUUCAACAAGUUGACCCUGUUAUUGAGUCAAAUCAAAAACAAAAUAAUAUGGCAAUGUACACUGACCUUAUGAGAAGAGCUAUGGAUCAUAAAAAUUAUAAUGAAGCACUUGAAAAUGCAUAUAAAAUUUGUGAACAAAUGAACACCACCAAUUUGAUUCCAGCACAAUACUAUAAUUUAUACCUUGUUUUGCAACAAUGUUUAAGUGUAUUAGAUAUGUAUUUAAGAACUGAUUAUAUUGCAGAAGGAAAUGAUAUACUUGAUUUGUAUGAAGAAGUACAAACUUAUCAAUGUGCUGUUGCUCGAUUAUAUUUGAUGUGUAUUGUUGGAUCAGCUGCAGUUAAAUCAAAGAAAGUAGGUAUUGUUAUAUUUUUAAAAGAUAUUAUUGAAAUGUCACGUGCCGUACAACACCCAACAAAAGGAAUUUUCUUAAGAAAUUAUAUUCUUGAUUGUGUUAAAUCAAUUCUUCCUAGUUCUACCACUGAAGAACCAUCUGAAGGUAAUUUGAUUAAUUCUAUUGAAUUUCUUUUGAACAAUUUCUCAGAAAUGUGUCGUUUAUUAGUACGUUUAACACAAGGACCACAAGUUACAGAACAAAAAGUAGAAGAACAACAACAACUAUGUCAAGUUGUAGGUAAAAAUUUAAUGAUUAUGUCUAACCUUGAUGGUGUUUCUUUAGAAUUAUAUUCUACUAAUAUUCUACCAAGAUUUCUUGAACAAGUUCUCCUUUCUAGAGAUAAAGUUACUCAAGAUUAUCUCUAUGAUGCUCUUAUUCAAGCUUUUCCAGCUGACUACCAACUUGCAACUCUUCACCUUCUUCUUCAUUCAUUAGGAGGUGUUGUAGCAAAUGUUGGAAUUAGAAGAAUAUUAUGUUCAUUAAUGGAACGAAUUUCUAGUUAUGUUACAGCUAAUCCACAGGUAGAACGUAAUAUGGACAUGUUCAAGAUCUUUUCUACUCACAUUUCACAAAUUAUCAAAACUCAAACACUAACUUGUGAAGAGUAUGUUAGUAUUUAUGCUACUCUCGCUCAUUUAGUAAUUGUUUGGCAUAACGAGGAUGAUGCUUAUACACAAUUAAAUGCUAUUAAUGAUAAUAUUUAUGACUAUCUUUCUACUCAACAAAAUAUUGAUAUUGAAGCUGCUAAGGCUUUAGUAACUCUUCUUCAAUUCCCAUUCACUAAGUACAAUGUUCUUAAGGUUAUUCAACUCAGAGUUUAUCCUGAAUUAAUUAAUUUACUUCCAUACACUUUAAGACAUGAAACUCAUAGAUUUGUUGCUAAAAAAGUUACUGAGAAGAAUCACAUUUCUUCUACUGGAGAUAUUAUGGCUUUGACUAUUCGAUGUGUUGAAACCCUUUAUCAAGACACUAAAGAUAUGACACCAUUAAAUGAUGAAGAACUUGCUAUUGAUUGUAAUUUAUUCAAAACAGUUGCACUAUCAUCUAUUGUUAAUACAGAGUCUUUCUUUGAUAUUGUAAGAGAAGUUAAAAAUGCAGUAAAGAAUGCAGGAAAUCGUAGAUCAUUGAUGAUACUUCCCACAGUUAUUUCUAUGUAUUUAAGAGCUAUUCCAGUUAUUACAGAUAAAAAAGAUGAUAUAUUUAAAUCUGUAUUUGAUAUAUUGAAGACCCUUAAAAAUUUAUCUCAUUUUGUUGCUUUAAAAUGUUGUGUUGAAGUUGGUGGUACUGCUGCUCAAGCAAAAUAUUCCCAAGCUUCUUAUUUCUUUGAGACAGCAUUAACUAUGUAUGAAGAUGAAACUGAUAUCCCAAAAGAAGAGUCAUUGAAACUUAUUCUUUCUACUUUAGCAUCAUGUUCAUUAGAAGACGAUAUGAAUGAAGUUUACAUUAAUGGAUGUGGUAAAUUUAUUCAACUUCUACAAGACUCUUUCCAAAAAGGAAAAUUAUAUUGUCAAACAUCAUCUGCUUUAUUCAAUGAACAAAGAAAAGUUGCUAAACAGUCAGUCAGUUAUUUACAAAAAGCAGUUAAAGAAGCUGGCUUAUGUCAAGUUGCAGAACAAAAUAUAGAACUAUUGAUUGAUAUCUUAAAUAUCUAUAUCAUUCAUUUUAUUCGGGAUAAUUCAGAAAUCACUGCAGAAUAUAUUAAUAACUUUGCUAAUGUUAUUAAAGAAAGUAUUUCUCAAACUGAGAUUCCAAAAUUACAGUCUUAUUAUAAGGAAACAGCUGACUAUAUUGCUACAAGAACUGAAGACAAAAUCAAACAACUUCAACUCUAA